GGAAGCCCCACGGCGAGUUUUCGCGAGGAAAUUUACCGCGCGCCGCAUUUUCCACAAGUGUCGCCGGGAAAGUUUGGAAACUGGAAUCGCGCGAUUAUCAUCAAAUAUAAUAGUAUCGAACUUCGUGAGCGAAGGGCGCAGUGCGAAGGGCAUCCCCCGAGGUGUUCCCCAUAGUUUCUGUAUACAAUAUGGUGGUGGAGCGAAAAAAACGAGGCGCGUAAACACGCCGUAACCGGAGGUCGAUGGACGAGGGCAAAGAAGAAGAGAAAAGCGACGGCGAGGGGACGGCACCGCCGCCGCCGCCGCCGCCGCCGCCUGUCCCGUAUGCAGCGGACGCUGCACUCCAAAGUGCAGACCAGCAGGAGCCGAAAGUCGACGGAGAUGACGCGAAGAAAAACAAGCCGAUAAACAACCACACGAAGCAGCUAUGGACCAACGCCGUCGAAAAGGUGUCGAACGAACGGAAGAGAAGGCCGCACUUCUCCAGCAUCGCCUUCUCCGUCAUCGACUCCCACCGGCAAAUAAAGAAGGACGUUUCGUUCACGCCGCCGGCGUCGCCCCGGCACGCCGCCUGCCUGUUGAAACACGACAGCACGGAUAAUAGCUUGAACAAUUACUACAAUUCCAUUCCAAUCAGCGAUACACCGUCUUUGCUCAAUGGGAAGGCUGAUGAUCAUUUCAAUACAAUGGAUAAACCAAGUGGGUGGACUGAAGAUGAAACUUAUUCGUAUAAAGCCGAUUUCGCGACGGUAUUCAAACGCGGGUUGAUGUACAAAGGGAUUUAUUGGCCCAGCCUCACGAACAGUUUCCACUGCAAGCACUUGGAGAUGGCGUAUUUGAGAUACUCUCAUCGACAAAGGCAAAAGGCCCUGAUUAUCGUCAACAUCGUCGAUUUGCUACUGAAAAUUUGCCUGAUACUAGUGUGGACAUUCUACAACACUAGCGUAAAAAUCGAUUGGUCAUCGAAUGGCGACACCAUAAUAUGGUCCGUAUGCUGCAUGUCGAUAAACAUAGCGGUAUGCGUGCUGGGCUGGUGGCGCUGCUUCGCCAACAAUUACCUCCAUUACGCUGCGGUAUGCACGUGGUUGCUUCUCACGCUACAAAGUUUCAUAGCGAGAGGAGUGGGUUUCGGCGUGAAAGAGGACCUGGUCUGGUACGUGCUCUUCAGCAUAUUCGUGCCUUACGCGAUGCUGCCGUUGCCGCUGCGCUGGUGCAUGCUGGCGGGAGCGGUCGCUUCGACGGGGCACAUUAUCGUGAUAUCGGUGGGGUUCUACGGCGCGGACGAGGACUGUGAGAAGGACAGCGACGAAUGCAAAACACGACGACUGGUAGCCAAUAUCCUCUUGUAUCUUUGCGUUAAUUUCGCCGGCAUGUACACGAAAUACCUCACGGAUAGAAGUCAAAGGAAAGCCUUCUUGGAAACCCACCGGUCUAUGGAAACUAGAUACAGGACGCAGAGCGAAAACGACAAGCAGGAGAAGUUGUUAUUGUCUGUACUGCCAGAUUUCGUGGCGAAAGACAUGAUAAGAGACAUCGAAAGAGAGGAGAAAGGUGGCGCUUUUCAUCCUAAUCAAUUCCACAAGAUUUACAUACACAGAUACGAGAACGUUAGUAUUCUCUUCGCCGAUAUAAAAGGAUUCACAAUGCUGUCGACGAAGUGUACCGCUCAAGAGUUGGUUAAAAUUCUAAACGAAUUAUUCGCUAAAUUCGACAAACUUGCCACUGAAAACCAUUGCUUGAGAAUCAAGUUAUUGGGUGAUUGUUACUACUGCGUGUCAGGACUACCGACGCCUCGAUCAGAUCAUGCGCAUUGCUGCGUUGAAAUGGGCCUGCACAUGAUCAAAGCCAUCAAAGACACCAGACUUAAAACUCAGGUGGAAGAUUUAGAUAUGCGAAUAGGCAUACAUUCUGGAUCAGUUUUAUGCGGAGUGCUCGGGCUCAGAAAAUGGCAAUUUGACAUAUGGUCUACGGACGUACAAUUGGCCAAUCACAUGGAAUCUGGUGGAAAACCUGGGCAGGUGCACAUCUCGGAGGCUACGUACCAAUGCUUAGACGGUGCCUACGAGGUGGAGCCCGGCAACGGGCAAGACAGGGACGCCUAUCUGCGAGAGCGCAACAUGACGACCUAUCUGAUCAAGCAAAUGGAGCCUAUGCGCAGCAGGAAACGGUUGGCUUCGAGACCAAGCCUAUUUUCGAACAAACUAUGGUCGGAAGAUGAGGUGAAAACUCCCAGAAGUUCCCCGACUACUCCCGCUACUCCAACUUCGCCUCCUCUACCGCCUUCCAGCGAGAGGAGCGACAGCGGCAUCCAGCACAGCGGCGCCGAUGAGGAGAACACCACCGAUUGGACUCCGGAGAUUCCCUUCGAAAAUCUUCAUCGGACGCUGUCCAACGAAUUAGACGAGGAAAUCGACACGAUUUCGUACAAGCAAAAGCACGAGGCUAACGAUGGGAAGUACAGGAAAAGAGGAUCGACGUUUCAAACGCCCUGCGAGCAAGUCGACGAUAUCAUCGAUCACAGCAUCGAAAUCGAGAGCAACAAACGCAUGAGGAACGCCAACGUCAACGCGUGGACUUUAAGAUUUAUCGAUACAGAAAUGGAGCACCAGUUUAGUCAACUGCGCGAAGAUAUGUUCAAAUCGAACAUGAUGUGCUGUUUUAUCAUCUGGUUGUUCAUCGUGACCUGCCAGGGAAUCAUCACGCAUAUGAUCGAUUUAACGAUCAUCAGCAUCGUGCUAACGACGUUGAUACUGGUGGCUACGUCGGUAUUGGUGAUGGCCGAAGAGUUCCUGCAGCUUCCUGAAUCCUUACGCAAGAUGUCUUCCACUCUGGUGCACAAACGCAAGCGCAGGACGGCCUUCAUAUGCGGCGUUAUCAUACUAAUGUCGAUGACCAGCUCUUUGAAUCUCAUCAACUUUAAUCCCGACCAUCACGGGAACAAGACAUUGAUGAUGACGGGCAGGAGAGCGUUCGAAACCGACAAAACCAAUCCAACCAUAAUUCUGAAUUUCCUAGUUAAAGCUAACGUUAAUAACAACGUGACUGUUAAUUUCGAGAACAAGCCUUGCAACGGUUCCUGCUGGAGCAGGAACAUCGAAAACGAAACGAUAAAGGAAUCGUUGUUGAAGGAGUUGGAGAAAAAUUUCAACAGUAGACGGAAAAGGGAACUGGAUAGGAGCUACAAAAGCAAUAGUAUUUCUGAUAGCAGCGAUAAUACCAUUAAUAACAACGCAUUAGUAGAACAAGCUUGCCGCCAUCCAGAAUACGUCGUAUUCACCUGGGUGCUGUGCUUAAUAGCGCUAGCCACCGCUCUGAAAUUGUACUAUUUAAUCAAAAUCUUGCUCCUCAUUAUAAUGCUGAUCGUUUACACGGUGCUCAUAUUGCUACCCACCAGCUUGUUCGGGCAACUCCACCAACCAACAUCCACCGAAUUACACAUCCCCCUGUCCGCCCAAAUGAUGAUUUUGCUGUACGUGUUCGCCGUGAUGGUCGCCUACCACGCCCGCCUCGUGGAAGUCACCUCACGCCUCGACUUCCUGUGGAAGCAGCAGGCGGAGAGCGAGCUCAACGACAUGCGGGAGACCAGGCGCAACAACGCCCAGCUGCUGAAGAACAUCCUGCCCGAUCACGUCGCCCAGCAUUUCCUCUCCGCUGAUAGAAACAGCGAGGAGUUGUAUUCUCAAUACAGAGAAGAAGUAGGAGUUUUAUUCGCCAGCAUUCCGAAUUUCACGGAUUUUUAUUCCGAAGAUAUUAACAAAGGAGUGGAAUGUAUUAGACUCUUAAACGAAAUUAUAGCCGAUUUUGAUGAAUUACUGGACGACGAAAGGUUCUGCGCUUUGGAAAAAAUCAAAACGGUGAGCGCCACCGCGACCUACAUGGCGGCGUCGGGCCUGAACCCGACGCAAAAGUGCUGCAAAAACACCGAUAUGCCGGAGCAUUUGUGCUCUUUAGUCGACUUCGCCAUCAUGAUGCGCCACAAAUUGGAGGAAAUCAACAAGGAGUCCUUCAACAACUUCGGGCUGCGCGCUGGCAUCUGCCUGGGUCCUUUGGUAUGCGGUGUCAUUGGUGCCAGGAAGCCUGUCUUCGACAUUUGGGGCGACACGGUCAACUUGGCGUCCAGAAUGGACUCGACGGGAGUCAUCGGGACGAUUCAAAUACCCAAGGAAACUGCACAAAUACUCGUCACGAGAGGAUACGAGGUGAAGAAACGCGGGAUUAUCGAGGUAAAAGGCAAAGGGCUCAUGGAAACUUACUUCGUAAUCGGCAAACAGCCCACCAGGCCGCCCAGUUUCCAGAGGCAACCGAGCCAUUACAGCAGCCUGGCUGCAGUGGUUUACGCCAUGGCACAAUCCAGGAAAAAACACACAGGAAACACGCCAGGCAGCGCAGUCUUGGGCAGAGCGAGGACCCAGCAAAAAGGCGAGAGAAAAAUCAUCAAUUACAGCUCGAUGAGGAUCACCCACAAAUCCGGCGGGUAUCCCGUCAGAAGGAACACCACCAGCAGAGGCAACCAGAAGCACAUGUACGCCAGGUCACAGCCGAACAUGCGACAACUGUCCGGUUCGGGGAUCUACCUGGAGAACAUGAAAUCGAUGAAGUCGAUCGAAAGGGACGCCACGUCGACGACGAUCAACAAGAUGGCGGUGUCCCAGUCGGCGCCGCACACGCCGGUCACGGCCGCCAAUCACGAAGGGCCCGUGUUCAAGUCGGUGCCGAGGUUGCUGUCGGAGCCGAUAGUCAAUCGAUCCAAGUGCGGAUCGCCGUCGACGAAGACGGCCAGGCUGGAGAGGCAAAUAUCCGUGGCGGCGGAGAGGCGGGAGGACGGCGUGGGCGAUAUAGUGGCCGAGAUCAAAGGUAGAAGUUCGGCUAUAAUACCGGCACAUUCGCCCAAGCACCUGGCGAAGAGAGAAUCGAAGUUUUCGUUGAAAUCGCCGUUGUCGAGGAGAGAGACUAAAAUUCAAAUAGAAAACGCCAUAAACAGGGAUAAAUUAAACAAAGUCCAUUCGUUAGACGGUACGCACGUUUAGUUGUGUAUCAAUUUGAAAAUUUAGAGCAAAUUUUGUAUAUGUUUAAUUAUUCGUAAGUCAUACGUGUACGCCUAAGUGUAUUAAAUAUUUCUAAUUUAUCUAAAUUGAUGUUGAUAUUGCUAUUUAUUCAUAGGUAUAUUUUUCUAGUCGAUUAUCGAACAAAAAUAGUAUUUAAGUUUCAAAUUGCACUACUACCGUCAAAAAUGUAACUAGCCACUUAAAAUUCUUUCUAUCUUUUCUCUCAAAAUAAUCAUAGGCAAGAUGAUUCAUUAAUAACAGCAAAUGUGAAAUUAUUAAUGCGACACCUUGUAUACUUGUACAGGUAUUUUUGUAUCAAUAAUUAGGACUGAAUAUAUUAAUACAAAUAAUUCUUUUAUAUUUUUCUAGAUUAAAUGGAAUUUGACCAUUUUAUUUUCGUAUUUCCGUUUCAUUGAUUUUAUCGAUGUUGAGUGUUAGCAUUAAGAUAAUUG